AUGACGGAUUCCGCCCCGCCGAAGCGAUUGGCCUGCAUCCCGUGCACAAAGGCAAAGCGCAAGUGCAGCAAGCAGACGCCCGCCUGUCACCGCUGCAACGACAGGCAGAUUGUCUGUCGCUAUCCCGCCCCUCGCAUUGCGCCGCCGUACGAUCUCGUCUUUUCGCAGGACGGCGCCGUUUCGGUGGUUCCGGCGCCCUCGGACAGGAAUCCGCUGCUCACCCCGCCGUCUCAGGUUGGGGAGAGUCGGGAACUAGAGCAGCAACAGCAGCAGAUCCAGGCGGCCAACACUGAGCUCACACGCUCCGUUGCCCCGGUGCCGGCAGAUGCUCUGCAGAAUCCGUGGUUUCUGUCUCCUCUGUCAUGGACCAUCGACCACAAGACGGGCCCCAUCCCGUCACAAAUCUACUUCAGCGAUGAGGCUCUCACGUACUUCAUCAACCAGCUGCAGGCGUGGCUGAAGCAGUGGAUCACCGAAGGCCACUGUCCCUUUAUCCAUCCUCAGCUGUGGAGGAUCCAUCUUCCGGAGAGCGUUCAGGAUGCGUUCACCUCCCUUACCGCAUAUCACUCCAAGACGCCCGCGACCGAGAAAAUGGUGCUUCGCAUCAUCGAGACCCGCGCCAACAACCUUGUCAAUGGGCAGAAUCCCGCCGACGUGGGCGACUUUGGCGUUGUUAUGCUCGACCCCGCGUGCCAUCUCGCGAGGACACAGGCCCUUUUGAUCUACAAAAUCAUCCGCCUCUUCGACGGCGACAUCCGCGCCCGUGCCCAAGCCGAGAAGGACAUUGAUACGCUUUCUCUGUGGGCUCGACAGCUGUGGCAGAGCGCCGGACUUGGCGUGGCUUCCAACCACAAGGACUUGAUCAGCAAGCCGCAUCCCAACCCGGUCGACACGCAGCUACGGACAGACGGCUCUCCCACGUGUACAUGGCAGGCGUGGAUAUUUUCCGAGUCUAUUCGGCGUACUUAUUUGACUGCGACUCUCACAGAGGCCGUAUACUUGACGCUGAAGCAAGGGUUCGCUCCCUGCCCCGGCGGCAUCAUAUUCUCCUGCGGCGCAGGUCUUUGGGACGCACCGACGCCUUUCACUUGGUUGAAGCAUUAUCAGUCCAACGUGGUCAACUCUAUCCGUUGUGUCGAGGGAGAACACUUGUUUUCCCAUGUCAAAGCAACGGAUGUGGAUGAGUUUUGCCACACUACGAUGAUUGUAUCGUAUGGACUGGAGCGGUUUGAACGGUGGUGCAACGAGAAGAUGUGA